AAACACUUAAAUAGAUAACUUCCUUCGGCAAUCUGUUCAUCAACCACUGCAAAAUCCAGUCCGGUCAAAAUAUGUGUGUGGCUUCUGCUGAUCUUGCUCGAUACCAUAUCAGUUCGAAGAGGUUUGUUGCUUCUGAAUGAACAGGAUAGCAUUCCCAGGACUAGAGCUAUAACGGGAAAGUUAGCUAUCCUAUUGAAUUUGUCCGAAAAAUGCAUUGUUUCUUUACUGAGCCAUUUCAGACAGCUAUUACUCCUUUCCCUGGGAAGAAUCCAUGAAGGCAGGAAGUUAUCUGCUAAUUAAAUGGGGACCAAUGCUCGUAAUUAUACUCGGGUAUAAAAAUGGGAAUCAAGCAAAUAAGCUCAAGAGAAGAAGAGAAUCUUCCUCGUUCUUCUAUAUGAAAUUGGCUCAGGGCUGCCCUCAUAAAAUUUGGAUAAUUCACUUGAAAGCACAAAAUUUUGUUUGUUUCAGCAUCAUGGAGGUUUUUAAAGAUUCAAACUUUUGGAUCAAUAUCAGUGAUAGUUUAUCACACUACAGAUAUGGUUUGACUUCCUUUGACAGAGCUAAAUGGAAACCGCAUUGUAGAGUUAGAGCUGACAACACAGGUGAUAUACUAAUUCAUUGGGCAGCCACCGUAGAGGUAAAUCUGCUAAAAGCAUGACCAGAAACAAUAUUGCAGGAGUCAAGGGCAGUUUUCUUCUUACAAAUACAUACAUUACGUAAUGGAAGUUUCUCUUUGAGAUCUUCUAGAAUCUUGGUAAGAAACAGUAAAGAUCUCAGAAAUAAGCUCUCAACAAAUGAUAUUACCAUUGUCAUACGUGCCACACCUAGGUGUUGAGCCUGUUAAAUCUGCUCAAAGAAACUGGAGGUAAUUUUCUGAUUCAUUGGGUCUUAAAAAUCAUAACCAAGAAGUUGUAUCUCAUUCUUAUACAUUGUAUAAUUUUAUCUUCAGACGUGUAUCUUUGAAAAACGUAUGCUAUCCCAAAGUAGGGAAAGUGAGAUUAACUUUUACAUGGGUUCUUGAUGGCUUAAUGCUUGCCUUGCUCGCGAGAUAGUGGUGGAAUUUAAGAACAAAAAGGAAUAGUAUGGAAUGACUAAAUGAAGGCCAUAUAGUGUGAAGGGUCUAAGUGCUAUUGGAAAAAUUCUCAGAUUGAGUCAAUUGCUAAUGGACAUCCAAAAACAACAUAAGUGCAAAAGAAAUCGUAUCCACAACAUGUAUUGGGAGUUUAUAGUCCAUUUAUUGGAUGAUCAAAUCCCAUAUUACUUAUUCCUCAGAAAAUCUCUGAAUAGAGGGCCUUCAAAGUAUGACGUCGACCACACCCACAACAACUGCUACCUGAUUCAUCUUAUUUUGCACCUUCUUAUGUUUCAUCGUUCCUAGCGUUUUUCUGUUUGUCUAUAUUUCUACCUUAUCCAAAAUCCCAAAAAGGGGAUCCAACGUAAUCAACAAUUCAAAACCUUCUUCAUUAAGGCUUCUGGACUCGUCGUUGACAAAAACUAUAAAAGUUUGUGCACGGCUAUUGCGUCUUUAGCCUUGUUCUUGAACGCUAAUCAAGAUGUGGAAAAGUUAAGCACUUGAACAGAUUAUUUUUUUCUUCUUCAAAUUUUUUUCCCAUUUAACUUACCUAUUAAAUAGAAAUAAAAAUGGAUUAUCGAAUUUUACGUGUAGCCGUCUCUCAAAUAUGUUGUUCCCUUGAUGAGAAAGUCUCUCAAAUAUAUUGUUCCCUUGAUGAGAAACGUGACAGGAUUUAGCUUCAAGCCUGGUAUAUUUUGUUCCCUCUUUAGAAACAACACAGUGACUACCCUAUUGGAACUUCAGGGAAGAAUAUUUAUGAAGAUGGUUGUAGAAUGAAAAUGGUGUAUAAGUCCCAACUACCACAUUCAUCAGCACUUUCACUGGCAACAACCCCAUUGCCAGCUUUAAUUGAUAGAAAAACAUCCCACUCCCCAUUGUUCAAGACUUGAGUUAGAAGAACUUUCCAUCUAUUGUUUGUAACUUUGUAUUAGGUUCACUUAUUGUGUUGUGAGUAUCAUGACAAAUCAGAAAAACCCCCAAAGAAAAUUGAUAGAUGUUACAUCUAAGAUGUAGCAUCAAGUUUAAGUAUAUUCUCCAAGUAAUCCGUACAAGAUAAAUUUUCCUGCCAAAAAUAAUUGUUCACUAAACUAAACUAAACUAAGUCAUCUCUAUAUGUAUUUCUAUAAUGAUGAUUAACUCGAGCUAGAUAUGAUAUCAAGGAAAGUAGCUUCUGGACAAGGUAUUGUGAGUCCUCCCAUAGGAUGAUCAAAUCCGAAUUCUUCCUCAGCCUGACUAAGCAAGUCUUGGAAUGUUGAGUCGUUCAAGUAUGAUAUCGGAAGGACAAAACGCUUCUUUUCACCUUCACCAACAUAAACUGCAAAGUGACCUUUAGGAACCUCACUUUCUCUGUUUGUUCUUGAAAAAGACCUCCUCAGGCUUGGUUUAGUAGCACGCAGAAUUUUGGCCAUACUAACUGCCAUGGUUGAAUGUUUAUGAUUUUAGCUAAGAAAACUAUUUGCUGAAGCUCGUUCUUUUAGAAAUUGUGUGAAGAAG